GAGGGGAAGAGGAGGAGGAGGAGGAGGGAGGAGGAAGGCUGCGCGGGGCCGGAGGGACGCGGGAUCCCCGCGGCCGCACAGGAUGAAAGUCACGGUGUGCUUCGGGAGGACGCGGGUGGUCGUGCCCUGCGGAGACGGGAACAUGAAAGUUUUCAGCUUGAUCCAGCAAGCGGUGACCCGGUACAAGAAGGCGAUCGCCAAGGAUCCAAACUACUGGAUACAAGUCCAUCGAUUGGAGCACGGGGAUGGUGGGAUCUUGGAUCUUGAUGACAUUCUUUGUGAUGUAGCUGAUGACAAAGACCGUCUCGUGGCUGUGUUUGAUGAGCAAGAUCCACACCAUGGGGGUGAUGGCACCAGCGCCAGCUCGACAGGCACGCAGAGCCCGGAGAUUUUUGGCAGUGAGCUUGGCUCCAACGCGGUGUCGGCCUUUCAGCCUUACCAAGCAACAAGUGAAAUUGAGGUCACGCCGUCAGUCCUUCGUGCAAAUAUGCCUCUCCAUGUCCGACGCAGUAGUGACCCUGCACUGAUUGGCCUCUCAACCUCUGUGAGUGACACAAAUUUUCCUUCAGAGGAGCCUUCUCGGAAGAACCCUACCAGGUGGUCCACAACAGCAGGCUUCCUCAAGCAGAACACCCCUGGUGUGCCCAGUGCUCAUGAGAGAAAGAAAGAUGAAAACUACAGAAGCCUACCACGAGAUACUAGUAGCUGGUCUAACCAGUUUCAGAGAGACAAUGCUCGUUCAUCGUUAAGUGCCAGUCAUCCCAUGGUGGACAAGUGGCUGGAGAGGCAAGAACAGGAUGACGAUCGAACAGAGGAGGACAACAGCAGAGUUGAGCCUGUUGGACAUGCAGACACUGGUCUGGAGAAUGCUACCAGUUUUUCCCUGGAUGAUAUGGUAAAGCUCGUCGAGGUCUCCAAUGACGGCGGGCCUUUGGGAAUCCAUGUAGUGCCUUUCAGUGCCCGAGGCGGAAGAACCCUGGGGCUGCUGGUGAAGCGACUGGAGAAGGGUGGAAAAGCUGAGCAGGAAAACCUUUUCCGUGAGAACGAUUGUAUUGUCAGGAUUAAUGACGGAGACCUGCGGAACAGGAGAUUUGAGCAAGCACAGCAUAUGUUCCGCCAAGCCAUGCGUACGCCGUUCAUUUGGUUCCACGUGGUCCCCGCGGCGAACAAGGAGCAGUACGAGCAGCUGUCCCAGAGCGAGAGCGUCUUCUACUCCAGCCGCUUCAGCCCCGACUCCCAGUAUGCUGAGGGGAAAAGCAUGAACAAUUCUGGACUUCACACCUUACAGAGAAUGUCUAGAGUGGGUAACCACUCUGACCAGACAGACUCCUACUCACAGCUACCUCAUAGUGUCAACUCAUCAGGGAAACCACCCUCCGGCCUGGUACCGUCACCUCAGAAAGUUCUCACCUCCACUGCCAACAGUGGCUAUAACACCAAAAAGAUAGGGAAGAGGCUCAGUAUACAGCUAAGGAAAGGUACAGAAGGCUUGGGAUUUAGCAUUACUUCAAGAGAUGUCCCAAUUGGUGGCUCUGCUCCAAUUUAUGUGAAAAACAUCCUUCCGAGAGGUGCAGCUAUUCAAGAUGGGAGAUUAAAAGCUGGAGACCGAUUAAUUGAGGUAAAUGGAGUUGAUUUGACAGGCAAAACUCAAGAAGAAGUUGUGUCCUUGCUGCGAAGUACCAAGAUGGGAGGAACCGUUGCCCUUUUGAUUUUUCGACAGGAAGAAACAUUCCAUCCAAGGGAACUGAAUGCAGAACAAAGCCAGUCACAAAUUCCAAAGGAAACGAAAGCAGAAGAAGAGGAGCUUGUUCUCACACCUGAUGGCACCAGGGAAUUCCUCACUUUUGAAGUUCCACUGAAUGACUCUGGGUCAGCUGGGCUUGGCGUGAGUGUCAAAGGUAACCGGUCAAAAGAAAACCAUGCCGACUUAGGAAUCUUCGUCAAGUCCAUUAUUAACGGUGGAGCAGCAUCCAAGGAUGGCAGGCUUCGAGUGAAUGAUCAACUAAUAGCAGUUAAUGGAGAAUCAUUAUUGGGCAAAACAAAUCAAGAUGCUAUGGAAACCUUAAGGAGGUCCAUGUCCACUGAAGGGAACAAACGAGGAAUGAUUCAGCUUAUUGUGGCAAGGCGAAUAAGUAAAUGCAAUGAGUUGGAAUCACCUGGGAGCCCCUCCGGGCCAGAGCUGCCCAUAGAGACUCUGCUGGAUGACCGGGAGAGGAGGAUUUCCCACUCCCUCUACGGCGGGAUCGAGGGUCUCAACGAGUCACCCACAAAGAACGUGGCAUUGGGCAGGAUAGUGGGUAAAUAUCAGCUGUCUCCAACAGUGAACAUGCCCCAGGACGACACUGUUAUUAUUGAAGAUGACAGGCUGUCAGUCCUUCCUCCUCAUCUCUCUGACCAGUCAUCAUCCAGCUCCCAUGAUGAUGUCGGGUUUGGCACUGUUGAUACCGGUGGAUGGGCUAAAGCUGCAAUUAAUGAGUCAACAGACUGCACUCUUAGUCCAGAUGUUGAUCCAGUGCUUGCCUUCCAGCGAGAGGGUUUUGGACGCCAGAGCAUGUCAGAAAAGCGUACAAAGCAAUUUUCAGAUGCCAGUCAGUUGGAGUUUGUUAAAACACGAAAAUCCAAAAGCAUGGAUCUAGGUAUAGCUGACGAGACUAAGCUCAGUACAAUGGAUGACCAGAAAACAGGUUCCCCAACCAGAGAUGUGGGGCCUUCAUUAGGUCUGAAGAAAUCCAGCUCGUUGGAAAGCCUGCAGACAGCCGUGGCUGAGGUGACUCUGAACGGUGACAUUCCUUUCCACCGCCCGCGCCCGCGAAUCAUCCGAGGACGAGGCUGCAACGAAAGCUUCAGAGCUGCCAUAGACAAAUCGUACGAUAAACCUGUGGCAGAUGAUGAUGAUGAAGGCAUGGAGACUUUGGAGGAAGACACAGAGGAGAGCUCAAGAUCUGGUAGAGAAUCUGUGUCCACAGCAAGUGACCAGCCAUCCCACUCAUUAGAGAGACACAUGAAUGGAAGCCAAGAUAAAGGGGACAGAAAAAAAACUGGAAAGGAAAAGAAGAAAGAUCGAGAUAAAGAGAAGGAUAAAAUUAAGGCAAAGAAAGGAAUGCUGAAAGGCUUAGGAGACAUGUUCAGGUUUGGCAAACAUCGCAAAGAUGACAAGAGUGAGAAAACUGGUAAAAUAAAAGUGCAGGAAGCUCUUACUUCAGAAGAGGAGAGAAUACGAAUGAAGCAAGAACAGGAGAGAAUCCAAGCGAAAACGCGAGAAUUUCGAGAGAGGCAGGCUCGGGAGCGUGACUAUGCGGAGAUCCAGGAUUUUAACCGGGCGUUCGGCUGCGAGGCGGAUCCGAUGUACGCCGGGAUCGCCGCCUACGACUCCGCAAACAGCGGCGCAGUGACGCUGAGCGCCCGGCCGCAGAGCCCCCGGGAGGGGCAGACCGUGGAAGCCUUGUACGCCCAGGUGAAGAAACCGCGGAAUUCAAAGUCUUCACCUGUAGACAGCAACAGAUCGACCCCCAACAACCACGACCGGAUACAGCGCCUGCGACAGGAGUUCCAGCAGGCAAAGCAGGACGAGGACGUGGAGGACAGGAGACGCACUUACAGCUUCGAGCAGCCGUGGCCAAACACCAAGACAUACUCACAGAGUGGCAGGCACUCUGUGUCAGUAGAGGUCCAAAUGCAGCGGCAGCGGCAGGAGGAACGAGAGAGUUUCCAGCAAGCCCAGCGCCAGUACAGCUCCUUGCCCAGGCAAAGCAGGAAAAAUGCCAGUUCUGUAUCUCAAGACUCCUGGGAGCAGAGCUAUUCCCCUGGAGAAGGGUUCCAGACUGCGAAGGAAAAUCCCAGAUAUUCCAGCUACCAGGGAUCAAGGAAUGGCUAUAUGGGGGGACACGGCUUUAAUGCCAGGGUGAUGCUAGAAACACAAGAACUGCUCCGUCAAGAGCAGAGGCGGAAAGAACAACAACUGAAAAAAAAAACUUCUUCUGAAGGGCCUAGCAACUAUGACUCAUAUAAGAAAAUUCAGGACCCUAACUAUGCCCCUCCUAAAGGUCCUUUCAGACAAGAUGUACCGCCUUCACCAUCUCAGGUAGCGAGGCUGAACAGAUUGCAAACACCAGAAAAGGGAAGACCGUUUUAUUCUUGAGGUGAAGAAAAGGAGGAUCAACUUACCAUGCAAUAAGGAACAUUUUCAUAUAAAGACUUCUAUUUUGAAAACUUUUUACGCUGAUGGUACUAAGGAAUAUAUCCGUUUUCUAUUUCAGUGCCUUUGAAAAUCUGGGCAAAGCAUUGGUGGGUCUUACGUCUUUGCCAUUCUGUCCCAAGUGUUGAAUCCAUGGAAGGGCAUUCCACCAUUUGACAAUCACAGUGGAAGUGAGCAGUGCUGUCCCUGCCUUCCCAGUUCUGUAGCCCAGUCCUGUAGCUGUCAAUGGCUUUUUGCUAGGAUUUGUUGUAAUGUGUUUUACUUUGCAGUGACUUACUACACCAACAUGCAGCUUUGUGGCAUAAAAUUAAUGAAUUUGAGGUUGAAGGAAGCAUUGACAUGUCCUGUAUUAUUUCUCUUGGGUCAGAAGGAGGUGUACAUAUCACUCUUGAGUGAAUAAGGCUGAGCUCUACUCUGAAUUGCAGUUGGAGUUCUGAUAUGUUUUAUGGUGGAGUCAUUACCAGUCUUUGUUGAUCAAUAUUUAAGUGUCUAUAUGAUGAAAAACUAUCCCUCUUCUAUUAUGCACAUACGCACUCUUUUUUUCCUCUCUCUCCCCACUCGAGCUUAUUAAAAAAGCCUUUAUCCUGACUCAUGAGGAAAACAAUAUUAAGCUUUCAGUUAUCCUGAGAAUCCUGUUCCAAUUGCCUUAUAAUCUUAAUGCACAGUCCAUUACAAAUGAAAUAACUGGAGAGAGAUUAUUUAUACAGACACAGGGAAACCUUUGAUAAGUAUAUUUCACUAUUUUAUUAAAGAUGGGAAAUUCUGAACACACAUUGAGUUCUGCUUUGCUUUGCUUCUAAAUUAAUUUGGUCAUAUGACACUUUAGGAAGAGAACUAGGGAGGGUGUCAUGUCAGCUCAUCUGGUACACAGUAGUCUUUGGACAAAUUUUGGAGAUAGCUCCAAGCAAGAGCAGAGGAAAUCAAAGUUUUUCUUUGGAUCAAAUACCUGUAAAGAGAACAAUUCCCUCUUUUUAGACAUUGUGAAGCUUUGUGGACAAUUUCCUUUGUGCUUCCAUAUACCAUAUUGUUACAUCGUGAUGCUACAUUAGAAAGAAACGUUUAAGUACAUGAAUGAGAGAUAAAUGGAGACAAACUGUUACACAUCAUCCUGAAAACAUGUCAGUAUCCAAAAAUUGCUAAAGAAAAUGAUUGCUCUAGCAGAGAGUAAUAUUUGAAUGUGCAUAUGGGAUAUGAGAAUUUCUUUUGCAGCAGCUGUUUUUCAGUUUGUUGGUCUGAACUUCAUGUAUUGUAAAAAAUAUAGCUGGGUUGCUGAAGUGCCUGCAAAUCCUGAUGUGAAAAGGCUUGAGAAUGGAUCUCAGCAUAUUGUGUAAAAAAAGGAGAGAAAGCAAGAAAAAAAAAUCAUGUAUUGCGUGAUUUUAAAAAAAAAAAGCCUAUUUUUUUUUACUGGCACAUUUUAUUUUUGCGCCAACUCAUUUCUAGAAUGUAUGUGAAAUAUCAGCACACAUAUCUGUGUCUUUUAUGCCUGUUUGUUAACAGUUUUUGUUGUUAAUAAUGUACUCCAUGUUUAAAAGUUCUUAUUAGUGUAAGCACAGUGACAUUGGAUGACAAUAGCUUUUUUACACAGAAUUUACAAAACUGUGUAAAAUGGCUUUCCUUGUACAUAUGAAAUUUAGAAUAAAAGGCUGUUUCCAUCUUUGUCUUGGUACUGCCUGUACACCCCUAUGAAAACUGCUGCAGAUAUUGAGUCAAAAAAAUUCCUAACAGAUGUUGUUUUAUACUAUUCCUAAUAGUUUGUGUGUGUCAUCCUGUGAAAGAAUAGAAAAGGAGAAGAGAAGAGAAGAGAAGAGAAGAGAAGAGAAGAGAAGAGAAGAGAAGAGAAGAGAAGAGAAGAAAAGAAAAGAAAAGAAAAGAAAAGAAAAGAAAAGAAAAGAAAAGAAAAGAAAAGAAAAGAAAAGAAAAGAAAAGAAAAGAAAAGAAAAGGAGGAAAAGUUUACAGCUCAUCUGAGCACCUGAAGGCUGUCCUCAGAGGCAAAACCCACAUUGUUUAGUGUGUUGUGUUAUUUUAGGCCAUACCUAUGACAUUUAAGAGGCACAUUUUAAAGACUAGCCUCUGUGGCAAAAUCUUCUGUGCUGUAGCAUGGAGUCCUCUGCCCAAGGACAGCACUGUCAGAAGGACGCCCACUGCAAUCUGGCCAAAUCCAGGCAUGUGUUAAGAACCCCCUCUGCAUUUUUUGUGUGUUUUGAGGUCUGAGGGGAGCCCUUCACAGGAAUGUUGGCAUGGUGGAAAAUGGCAGAAGGCAGAUUUAUGAAUAAAGCAAUACUUACAGUGCCAAUAAUCCUCUGUUUCCCCCAUUAGUAUUGGAGCUGAGUCUGGUUUUCUCCUUCUUCCCCUCAUUUCUCAUUUUGUUGGUUACUGCAGGAAUGUCAAUCAUGAUUCUGUGUAUGCAUGACAUCAAGGUGUUGCCAUGGCAAUAAUAGUGUCAAAUUAUUCACUGUGACUUUAGUGUGGGAUCUCAAGGGGAAGAGCAACAGGAGCUGUAGGGUGGACAGGCAGCUUUCAGUGCCCAAAUAAAGUAAAGGCAGGAUUUUCCAAAACACUUUAAUUGUAGUGUCUUGCAUUUGGGCGUGGGGAAAUAAUUGCAUUUGCAGUUUUGCAGGCCUUGCUGUCUCAUCUCCUGACUGCAUUCCCAGAUUACAUAAAUUUGUCAUUUCUGCAGAUAUAUUUGCACUGGCAAAUAAUUUCAAGCGCUAAAAAAAUGCAUCCACAGAAAUAGAAAACAGGUUGAAGUCCUUUUCAAAACAAGGCCUUUGAUAAACUGUUGUAGGGAAAAGGGCAUGUAUUUGGAAAAGUAUGAAGUACAGGAUGUUUUAUGUGUGAGGAUGGCAUAUGUUAAAGUUUACUCUUCUAUGAAACUCCUCUUCAAGGUGUUAACAAUUUACCAUAAUUAGAUGUGUUCAUGAAAGAAGGCAGAUGUUCUCUUUGGGCUGUGUCUGUGUUAUGUUAGUAAAGAAUAAGGUCUUUUUCUGGCUUUGUCACCCUGUCUUCUUCCUGACAUAGUGUAGACAGGAUUUCUAAUAUUAACUCCCAUAAGUUGCAAAGGGCGAUAAGGAAGUGGGAGGGAGAUAUUUUAAUAGAAAAUGACCUUUAGUUCUGCCUAGUGAAUAGAUGCAAAAGUUAAUUGAGCUAACCACAUUACUGCACUAAUUUGUUGGUGGAUGCAUUACCAUUAUGAAAUUAAGUCUGUAACAUUAGUAUAUUUGAGAAUGGUCACAGGACAGACUGUAAGGGAGCUCACAACAUCAAGGAGUGGGUGUACAGCUUGCACAUUUUGCUCUGUUGAAACCCUGAGAAAACCAUCUGCAAAGCCUCCUGCAUUUUAUCAAAAUAAUUUGUUAAUGCCAUUGAAAUUCCUUGGGAAAGUUUAAUAUUACUAAUGCAGAAUACUGCUGCCUUUCUCAAAAAACCUAUUUCCCCUCUUCUUAUGGGCCUCUUUGGAAGCAUGAGUGCAACCCUAGUGAGUUACUGCAUGGGCCAGAUAGUUUAAUGCAUGCUUUGAGAACUCUGCCAUCAAAAACAGUGAAAAAUGGCGUAGAGCCCAGCUGAACAUGGCUGGAAAGUACAAUUGCCAUUUAGUGCUGGCAAACAGCUGGAAGAACAACAAAACAAAAUUUAAGCCCAUCAUGACUGCAGAUAUGUGGCCAUGACUGUAGAUAUAAGGCCUGCCUUUCAAAGCUGCACUGAUGUUUCGGUCAUGUUCUCUCUGUUAAUGAGUAUCUGUAACACUGCAUUUAUCUGUUCUGGGUAUUUUGAGAAGGGAAGGGUUUGGCCAGACAAGGAAGAGAUGUGCCAGAUUAGCAGUGUUGGCUAAACAUAGGAUAUUCUUGAGUAAUUCAAACCUUUGAACUUGGGUUGUUGAGACUUAAAGUGCAUUUGGCUAUUGCAUGUUCUGGCUUGCAAGACUGUUUUCAAAAUAUUUCCUAAUUCUAUUUGCUGUGCCUGACUGUUUCUACAUCUUUCUCUCCCAAGUCCUCAGUCUAGUUAAUAAUAAGCAUUGUAAGGAAUCUGUCAGGAAUGCAAAUGCAGAAAAAGACCUCAUUUAUUUCUUAUGCUGCUGUUGUGGCAUUCCAUCCUAGCCUUCCAGACUCAAUUUAAAAUUUGACUUUAGCAUGGUAGAGGAAGGGUGAGGGUCAGAAAUCCACAAUGGGGGCUGAUUUUGUGAAAGUAGGGUUUGUGUGUGUGCAUGUGUGUACACGGGAGAGGCACAGACUGGGUUAAUUUGCCUUUAAUUCAUGUCCCUCUUCAAAAAAUAACUUGUAGCAUUUCUUCACUGUUUUUCCUCUCUGUGCAGAAAGCAGCUAUGAUUUGAUGCACAUGGUCAUUGUUUCAUGCCUCCUUGUAAUCUCUUCUAUUUUGUAUCAGCAUCACACUCUUUUACAUCUGCUGAUUAAUUCUCAGCAUUUAUUUGUUUCUCUAAAUGACAUGCAAUUCAUUCAUAUCCUGGGCUAUUUCUUGCCAGUGAUUGAUUUUUCUCUCUUAGAUUUGUAAACCUAUUAUAAUAUUUUUAUCUCCUUAGGAGUAGUAUAAUCUUUUGUAAUUUACACUUUAAUCAAUUUUUAAAAUUGAGACUGGAAGCUUGAGUUGGGAUUACACAAAAGCAGACUAAAGAAUAUGGCUUUGAUUUCUAUUCUGCAUGCAGUGCACACUUCCUAGGCACUUACAGGGACUGGACAGAAUACUCUCUGAAUGAGAUGAAGAAAAGCAUCAAGCCUGGGAUCUUUAAAAGAAAAAAAAUUAGGGGAAGUUUGGAAGAUAUUUAUGCCCACUGUGUUCUGUCUACUGCGAAAAAAACCAAAACUCCUUAGAUGUGUCACUCUGCCUGACUGAUGGUUUCAGAGCUCAAACUGACAUGACUGUGGUUUAAAGGCAGAUGGAUGGAAGAGGAAGCCGCUUGCACCAUUCCACAGGAUGCCAGGACCUGCUUCCCUUGCAAAUAGGCUCCCAAAAUUCUGUUUUCAGAUGCACAUCUUACAGCAGCCGAAGUCUGGAAUGAGCUUACAUUAACAAAUUGAGCUCUCAGUGUAGUGGCUGCAGUGAUAUCUGUCAGGGAGGGAGAGAUGACAGCCACAGGUGAUAACAACUUCAGGUAUUAGAUUUUAAUCUGCUUGUUUGUUGGGGUAAUCCUUGUCUUAGAAAA